AUGAGGGCUCCGAUAGAUCGGUGGAUUGCGGCUAGAUCGGGAACGACUAAUGUUGCUAGUGCGCCCGCUCCUCUCCUCGCUCCUCUUCUCAUUUCCUCUCUUGGCGACACUGAAGACGAUCUUCCACAACAGCCGAGUGAGCUCCUCCACAUCUCCAACACAGCCAAUCGAACUCCUCAACAUCUCCAAGAUCAGUUGAUCGAACUCCUUUCGUCCUUGUUUCCGUUGAUCUGCACCAAAAAGAACGGCCUGGACACAAAGGUGGAGAAGUCAAGGAAGCAAUUGAAGGAAAGGAAGAACAGGACCAAGAAGAUUCGUGGUGUAAAGAAGGUAAGGAAAUUGCUUAUCUUGGCCUCUGGGUACACGUACACUGGUCAAUCUCUCUUUCUCUCUCAUUGUUACACAAUGUGCAGACCAAGGCUGGAGAUGCUGCAAAGGCUGGGAAGAAGGAAUGAGAUGUUGUGGAUUUUGUGGUUAUUGCAUGCCGGAAGCAAAAGCGAAGAAUGGUCUUACGCAGCAGCUUUCUUCAUAUAGUUAUUCUGUUAUUUUUGAAUUUUGGUUCAGUUUUCUUGCUGCUUAAUUAAAACUUUGGCAUGUAUGAAUCUCUUUCAAUCAAUUUUACUACUAAGAAAUUUUGUUCCUACCGGAAUUCAGUCUAAUUCUAUGUAUUACAAUCAUGUUGUACAUCUUUUGAGGUCUGAAGUUAAAUGGGGCCUUUUAUGUUGGCAAUCUGCAUUACUAUUAAAGCCAUAUUUGGAGGAGCUGCAAACCUGCACGUUUGAAAAAACUGGCUAAUGGUGUAUUGUUGUCCUUGACAUGAAGCAUUUUUCAUCUAAAGCUAGCCAAUGGUGUAUC